AUGGAGCCCGACGGCCCCGCGGAGAGGGAGGCGGGAGACGAGGGGCAGGCGCGGGGGCCCGGCCGCGGCAGGGCGGUGCGGUUCCUCAUGCCCCACACCACCAUCGCGGUGCCGUCGGUGCGCGAGGAGGAGCCGCUCUUCUACCGGCGACUGGACGAGCUGGUGGCCCCUGGCCCCGGCGGCUUCGGGCCGCUCUUCACUGCUGACGGCUGGAGCGACCUGACYGGGGACCGGCUGCUGCGGAAGCGCGUGGUGCGGGAUGGCCAGGGCGGCCCGCGGCCACGGCCGGGCCAGGAGGUGUCAGUGAAGGCGCUGGGAGCGGUGGAGGAUGGCAGCCUGGUGGAGCGGGACCCGCGGCUCACCUUCGUGCCGGGCCACGGCGACGUGGUGCAGGUGUGCCGGCGGGGGGGRUGGGCCGGUCCGGUCCGGUCUGGGGAACCCCCGGGUGCCCGCGGGACCCAGGAGCCGCCGCGCCCCAACCCGUGCCGCCCGCAGGCCCUGGAGCUCGGCGUCCCCACCAUGGAGCUGGGGGAGAUCUGCCUCUUCCUCGCCGCACCUUCCUACGGCUACGGCCGCCUGGGCAGGGAGCCCGACGUGCCGCCCGAGGCGCCGCUGCUCUUCGAGGUGACGCUGCUGGAGGUGCGCGACGACCCCGACCCGCAGCGGCUGCCGCCCGCCGCCCGCCUGCGCCUGGGCGCCCAGAAGCGCGAACGGGGCAACUUCCACUUCGCGCGGGGCGACUUCACGGCAGCGCUGCGCUCCUACCGCCUGGCGCUGCGCGCCCUCGACGGMACCGGCGCGGCGCCGCCCGGGCCGCAGGAGGAAGAGGAGCUGCGGGAGCAGUGCGUCAAGUGUCUGAACAACUGCGCGGCGGCGGAGCUGCGGCUGGAGCGGCCCGAGGCGGCGCUGGCCUCGUGCGAGGCGGCGCUGCGGCUCAGCCCGGACAACGGCAAAGCGCUGCUCCGGCGCGGCAAGCUGCUGGCCGAGCAGGGCCGCGACGAGGAGGCGGCGCUGGCGCUGCGGAGGGCGCUGCAGCUGGAGCCGGCCAGCAAGGCGGUGCACGCCGAGCUCUCGCGGCUGCUGAAGCGCCGGCGCGGGCCGCCCCCGCCGGCCGCCGAGGAGCCUCGCGGCGACGCGGAGCGGCCGCCGAGCCCCGGGCCCGUGGCGGAAGGAGCGGCCUGA